CCCCUCUCUCCAUACUAAACAGAUUACCCGGCCCUCGAGUUAUGCGUGACACCCCGGGUCGCUUAUAGUCGACGAACCCGGGUUGACCCAAGUUUAUGGUUAGCCGAUUCUCGCCGGCACAACGCUCGCUCGCUCGCUGUCUCGUCGCUGCUCAAGCUCAAGUCUAGUGUUUGGGUUUGCUUGAGGGUUAUAGGUGUGGUGUCGCUGGCUUUAUCUCUGUGUUUAGUUUUGGAAGUUUUGGAUUGGCUUAUAGCGGGUUUGUUGCGUCUACAAAACAGUCAAGAACAGAAAAGAAGAAGAACUCGAAGGGAAGACGAAAACAUGGGGUCCACGUCCAGCAAAAAUGCUCAAGCCGCGAGCACCACCACCACCACCAGCAGCAAUCCAUCCGCCUCAUCAACCUCUUCCUCGUCGCAGCCGACUCCUCUGACGGAUUACUCGAGUAGCAGUGCCAACACUGCUGCGUUUGGCGGAAGUGGUGGUGGUGGUGGUGGUGGGGCGGAAGCGGGGAUGAUGGCUGCGCCGAGGAAGAUAAGGGCACGGCAUCGGUUUCGCAGGACGAGAGGGGUGGUUGGGAAGGUAUUGAAUAGGCAGGCUGAGGUCGCGAGACCGGCGGCGGAGCAGGCGGAGCAGGGGGAGCAGGAGGGGAAGAGUGGUAACGGGGAGAAGGAACAGGAGGGCGAAGCAGUGGACAAGGAACGGAAAAGCGAGCAACAGCGACCAGUGGAGCAGCAGCGGCAAGAGUUAGAGCAGGAAGUACAGGAAUUACUACAGGACGACAAGCAAAAGAAGGACGACACCGAACAGGAAGGAGAACAAGGGCAGCGAAGCGGCAGCAGCGGCACAAAAAGAAGACUAUCAGCAUCCUCAUCUGGUCACGGCGACGGCAGUCCACUCGACGCCAGCGGCAACGCGCAGAAACGGCGGAAUAUAUGUAUUGCACUGAAACCGGCUGUCGAGCGCGAUCCAGGCGACGACGAAAUCAGAAAAAAGCGACACGACGAGUUGAAGAAGAAACUGCCGCUUUCCGCGCUGACGAAGGAGCAGGAGCGGUUUGAGCUUAUGGAAAGACAGAGAAAGCAGCAGGAGGAGUUGAGGGUGAGACUUGAGCAGCAGCAGCAGCAGGCUCAGUACCGCAACGUGUACCAGCCCCAGCUGUCUACAGAAACCCCGUCGUUUUUCUACUCGCAACCUACACCGACUGCCUAUCCCCAUCCGAACGCGUACGGCAAGCCAUUACCUCUAUACGAGCCACCGCUUUCGGUACCAGCUCUACAACACACCCCGGCUCAUCCGCUUACUUCUCCGCAUGUUCCGGCGAUCAUGGUGCCGAGCCAGAUGCCGUCUUUGUCGCCCCCUGCGCAGGAUGGGAAUUUUAGAGUGCUGCCCGCGAAUCAGUUUGUGUCGACCGCGCCAGAGAGUUUUUAUCGCCCGAAUACUACCUCGCCUAUAACGCCACCUGCGCUGGUACCACAGAUGAACUCGCCGACCAUGUCGUAUGACGGACUGCGAUACUCCGACCUCACUCGUCGCCGCACGAUCUUUGAAAACCCGAUCCCGACCGAGCCGCCCAAGCCUACAGACGAGCCGUUCCAAUACCGCCGGAUCAAGAUCAUGAGCAACGGGACGUUGUCGUCGAAGAUCGCGACGUCAAAGAUGCGACGGGCGCCGCUGGCAAGGUCGUUUCCGACGCUGGAGAUGGUGCCGGCGAAUAACUCGCUGCAGGUUAACGGGCGGUCUAUUCUUUCUGAUCCGGUGCCGCUUGCGAAGCCGAGGAAGAUGGAUAAUGGGAGGUCUGUUGUUACUGAUCCGGCGAGGGUUAAGCUCGUGGAGCCACCUAUCGAAGACAGCGACAACAACAACGACAAUAGCGUCAGCAACAGCAAAAAUGACAACAGCAUCAACAGCACCAGCACCAGCAGCGACAACAGCAACAGCAACAACAACAGCGCCAACGACAGCGACGACGACGAGUCCAACGGCUCAAGCAAAGACUACGAAGAAGCCUACGAAUGCCGCUGCGGACACGCGUUCGCGACCAAGGGCAACAUCAACCGGCACCUGCGCACGCUGCGGUACGAUCCGGAUCAUAUGCAGUUUGUGCAUCCAAACAAUGUUGUGUAUGCGCGGAUAUUCCCGCGCACGAGGUUGACGCAGGCGGAGUAUAGCGCGAUCAGGGAGAAGAAUAAUGCGCAGAAAAGCGCGUGAGGAUGGUGAUGAGGAGUGAGUGAGCAUUGGAGAUUGGAGAUAUAGGGUGGAGCGGGUGUGGUGAUGAUGAUGAAAAGAUGGCGCGGGUGUGGUGUUUGGGAAUUUUGUUUGUAUUAUUGAGAAGUUGAGCUUGUGACGAGUGCGGAGCGUUGCAUUGUUUUGGAGUGGUGGGAUGAGAUGUGAAGUGCUUGUCUUUAAAUUGUGCAGGGCGACGAAGAUUAAGGUCUACUUGAGAUUAUGCUGAAUGAGGCAAUAAACUGAUAAAGAUGGACAACAUUAUCAUUCAUUCAUUCAUUCAUUAUACCACCAAUUCAACUCCAUCAACACCCACAACAGUCCCCCUUCG